AUGGCGGCGGCGCGGCGGGUGCAGCUCCGGGGGCCGCUGCUGCUGCUGCUGCUGCUGCUGCUCCUGCUCGGCGCGGCGGGACCCGGCGCUGAGGCCGCGAGGAGCCGCGGGGCCGACCGCCAGAACAGCCUCCGCCGCGCCGCCAGCGGCCUUUACCAGGGCGUCAGCGGCCUCUUCGGCGAGGACAACGUGAGGGCCCUGCAGAAGUUUUUCUCAAGGUUGACAGAGAGGUUUGUGAAUGGGGUGGAUGUAUUAAUGGACACAUUCUGGAGAAUAUGGACUGAUUUGUUAGAUGUUCUUGGAAUUGAUGCCUCCAACCUGACUCAUUAUUUCAGCCCAGCAGCGAUUGCCAACAACCCCACCCGCGCCCUCCUGCUGAUCGGUGCCAUUUUACUGGCCUAUUGGUUUUUAUCUCUCUUCCUUGGAUUCUUCUUCUAUCUCCUGCACAUGCUGUUUGGCCGCUUCUUCUGGAUCGCCAGGGUGGCGCUGUUCACCCUGUCCUGUGUGUACAUCCUGCAGAAGUACGAGGGUGACCCGGAGCACGCCGUGCUGCCCCUCUGCUUCGUCGUGGCCGUCUACUUCAUGACGGGGCCGGUUGGAUUUUACUGGAGAAGAAACAGCAACAGCAGCCUGGAGGAGAAGAUGGACCACCUGGAUAGUCAGAUCAGACUGCUGAACAUCCGUCUUUCCAGGGUCAUUGAGAACCUGGACAGGGGCAGUGAGCAAUGAACCAACCCCUGCUGACCACCGUACACCAGCUCCGGGAAAUUCCUAAGCACUGUCUCACCCGAAGUUACAAAGCAACAAAACAUCACAUGGUAAAAAGUGUGCAAAGUUAUAACUUUUCAUCGUGUCUGAGACUAAUUUAUCUAGGUUAAACACGUUAGACUUCUAGGAGAAAGAAAAAAAAAAAAAAAAACAUUUACAAAAUUCAGCUGUAUAUUCCGAGUUUUAUCCAGUACUAGAAUUUUCUCAGUAGACAAACGCUUACUUUUACAAGCAUUUAAAAACAUCUUUUGUAAAGUUUUUAUAAAAGCAAAUUGAGUAGUCUUUCAGAUAUUGAAAUUGAGUUAAACGUAUGCAAAUUUGACACUUUAACGGUUAAAAAGAAAAAAAAAAAUCUUAAGCUACCAAGCACUUCCAUUGAGAAGUAACUGCUGUGGGUCCAUAUUUUUUCUUCAGAGUUGUGAAUGUUUUUGUGUUUUUGUUGGCUUAUUUCAUUGCCUUGAAGUUGCCUUUCAUAGAGUAUCAGAUGAGGAAUUUUCUGGU